CCAGUUUAACGAGUAAAGGUUGAGAGAGACAAAGGUCAGUGGUCACAAGACACUGCACAGAGCCGCGGCGAGUUGCGGAAGUGGCUGACUGAACGUUUUGACGUGCCAAACGGAGACAGCUUUUCCUUUGACAGGGAUGGCUGUUCCAAGUGUUGAACUGACCGGAGGAGUCAAGUUCCCCAUGAUCGGGUUCGGGACAUGGCAGUCCGCGCCCGACGUGGUUGGUACCGCCGUAAGGGCCGCCAUAGACGCGGGGUACCGGCACAUCGACUGCGCCUGGAACUACUUCAACGAGAAGGAGGUGGGGCAGGCCGUCAAGGACAAGAUCACGGAGGGGAAGAUCAAGAGAGAGGACGUCUUCAUCACCACCAAGCUGUGGUGCACUUACCACCGACCCGAGGACGUGAAGCGAGGGUUUCAGGAGAGCCUGAGAGGCCUGGGACUAGACUACAUAGACCUGUUCUUGAUACAUGGACCACCAGCCUUUAAGCCCGGGCCAAAGUGGCUCGCUACUGACGACAGUGACUAUGACGACACGGACUAUGUGGACACGUUCAAGGCCAUGGAGUCUCUUGUUGAUGAAGGUGUGUGCAGGGCGAUCGGCUUGUCCAACUUUAACACCCAGCAGCUGGAGCGGGUACUGCAGAACUGCCGCAUCAAGCCUGCUGUCAAUCAGGUGGAGCUUCAUCCAUAUCUGGUGCAACAGAAGCUCGUGGACUACUGCAAGUCGAAGGGCGUGGUCAUCACUGCCUACAGCCCGCUAGGCUCACCGGGCAGAGACUUCGCUCAGCCAGGUGAGGCCCGGGUUCUGGAGGACCCUGUCGUCCUGGACAUCGCUAAGAACCAUGAGAAGACACCCGCACAGGUCCUGCUGCGCUAUCACCUUGACCGCGGGAUUGUCGUCAUCCCGAAAAGUGUCACCCCAAGUAGGAUCCGGGAAAACCUACAGGUCCUCGACUUUUCGCUGACCGCUGACGACAUCAAGAAACUAAACAGCCUAGACCGGAAUAACCGCUACGUUGACUGGUCAUUCUGCAAGACCCACAAGUACUUCCCCUUCCGCGACUAAGCAUAAUCACCGCAUGGAGGCUGUGACGUGACUUACCGCGAAUGGAUCCCGUCUCUUGUAAAUUGAGUCAACACGUUACCUGUAGCUUUUUACGACGUGAAUUUCAAAGGUGUUUUCAAAUAUCGUCUUUAAAAAAUAAAAUUAUAACAGUCUCA